AUGCCUGCCAAUAAUAAGCAGACUGAGGCGUCGAUUGAACAGGCAAUUGAGAAGCUACAGCAGCAAGAAAAUCCAAAUCUCUCCGCAAUUGCGCGAGAAUUCGACGUGCCAUACUCGCGGCUUCGCGCUCGAUGGAAAGGACGAAAAUCACUAUUUUCACGCCCAUCCCAUGGUCAGCGAUUCGAUUCUGCCCAAGAGAAAGCUCUUUGCAGUUGGAUUGAUUACAAUGACGGGCUCGGCCUCUCCCUUAAGCGUGCUCAAAUCCUAAGAGCUGCAACUUCCAUACUAAAGCUUUCCGACGCUUCCGCACCGCCUCUUGGCGAGAAAUGGCUUAAGCGUUGGCUUAAACGACAUCCUCAAUAUCGUAUCCGCCGACGAAAGAGCCUGGAUAUCGAGCGAAAGCGAGCACAUGAUGUGAAUUUAAUUCGAGAAUGGUUUACACGGCUCCGCGCUGCCAUCGACUCCCAUGGUAUUCAACCUUCAGAUAUCUACAACUUCGAUGAGACAGGCUUCCAACUUGGCGUUGGAAGAGAUCAAUGGAUUAUUACACGUGAGCCUCGUCGGAAAAUUGUGGCGGGAGUCUACACAAAUCGUGAAUAUGUUACGGUUGUUGAGGCAAUAUCAACUGAUGGAUUUAUCAUUCCGCCAUUAAUCAUUCUCUCCGCGCAACAAAUUCAAUAUCGCUGGUUUCAUGAUCUAAAUCAGGAUGAACGGAUUGCAGUCACAGAUACAGGUUAUACAAAUGAUCAGCUCACAUAUCAAUGGAUUCAGCACUUUGAAAAGGCAACUCGUGCGCGGAUGAGAGGUAACUGGAGGAUGCUAAUUUGUGAUGGAUUUGGCUCCCAUUUAACCUUCGAAAUGGUUAAAUUCUGCGAAGAAAAUGGUAUCCUCCUCUUCUUUCUUCCUCCACAUACUAGUCACUUGCUUCAACCGCUUGAUGUUGGUGUGGUCAACGUCUAUAAGCAUCAUCACAGUGAAGCAAUUGAGCGUGCAACCCUAACAGGCUGUUCCAAGUUUACAAAGCAAGACUUCUUGGCUGCAAUCAAUUCAAUUCGGGCGAAAACCUUCAAAUUCAGCACAAUUCAACUUGGAUUUCGAUUAUCGGGCAUUUGGCCUAUCAAUCCCGAGAUUGUGUGUGAGAAACUAGUGGAAUACGAUCAUGCAACACUUCCAUCAGCACCCUCCACCCCUUCCUCUCAUUCCACCAAUUCAACGUCUUUUAGUACCCCGAAAACAAUUGAAAAGAUUAGAAUUGUUGAGAGGAGGUUUUCCAGAAUCUCAAAUGAUAUUGAAGCUUCUCAGAACUUGAUGCGAAAGCUAUCCAAAGGCGCUCAAGCUUGCCUGUAUGAGCUAGAGGAACUCCGACGGGAGAAGGAGAUGACGCAGGCUGCAACCGCUGCACGCCAUGCACGCUAUGCCUGGGGAAAGGGUCAGCCGGUGGUGUCACUCCUGAUGCUGGAUAAAACGACGCCUGGAGAGCUCGUCCCCUGGGUGAAGGCCUUCCUGUCUAAUCGAAGCACAAGGAUCCGUAUGCCCGAAGGCGUCUCCGAUCGGAUAUCAACACCGACGGAAAUCCCUCAAGGGUCACCGAUCUCGCCAAUCCUCUAUCUCAUCUACAACGCAGACCUCAUUGAGAACUGCGGAAACGGCGUGACCAGCAACGGCUGGGUAGAUGAUGUCUGCUUUAUGGCCACGGGAGACAGCGAGCGUGAAACCCUCAAGAAACUCAGAGCGGCAUGUCGAAAGGCCGAUCAAUGGGCCAGAACGCAUGCCUCCGUCGUUGACCCCAAAAAAAUGGGUGAUGAUGAUACGUCUACCGUGUACGCGGCGGAGCUCCAUGCAAUCGAGAUGGCGCUCGCGCUGGUUCUUGAAAGCAAGGAGCCAUGGGCCGAGCAGGCGGUAAGCGGGCUAGUCAUCUUCGCAGACAGCCAAGCGGCGCUGAAAGCACUCCGCCGACCGCGGAUGCCAUCGGGGCAAGUCUAUCUGGCAGGAUGCCUAGACCUAAUCCGCCAACUUGAGGCAAAAGACAUUCAAAUCGAGCUCAGGUGGAUCCCUGCUCACCAGGGAGUGAUCGGUAACCAGAUUGUGGAUAGCACGCAAAAGAAGCCACCCGGGCAUAUCCGCCUCGCAGCCGCAGUCAAGCGCCGGGUUCGCUAUGAGGCGAAAAUUGAGUGGGAGAGGGCGUGGGCGAAGGAAACGACCAGCCGAUCGACGAGACGCUUGAUCGAGGCACUGACAAAGAAGACACUGGAAUACUGGUCAGGCCUGCGCAAAGCAACGGCAUCGGUGUUGAUGCAGCUACGGACCGGUAGAUCAUCGCGGUGUGACUGCGAUCUCGGCAACCAGACCGUGAUUCACGUCCUGCUCGAGUGCCCGUUGCACCAGGAUGAGCGCGACAGCAUGAGGAGCGCUCUCUCCGAUCAGGGAAUCGCUCUCCGUCGACACGAACUCCUGACACGACCGGAGGCCCGCACAAUUGUGGCCGAAUAUAUGGUCAAGACCGGUCUUCUUGGCCAGUUUCAGGCACUUGAUCCGACGGCUUUAGGCGUGGAGGCAGGGGGUGAGAAAGAAUGA